GUGAUCGGACUGGAUGUAGACUGGGGAUUUUAAUGUUCCUGGAAAUUUUUCUUAAAGUUAGCAGAUGCACAGUCGAAGAAAACCAUGUCAUCAGUGGAUGUUUGUGUGAGGAACCCGGUAACACAUAACACCUGGGACAAUGGCCGCUACAUUACCUAUGAGAUCGCAAUCAAGACAUCCAACUGUGCCUUCAGUUUGUCUGAGUCUCUUACCCGCAGACGGUAUUCUGAAUUUGAAUGGCUGAGAAAGAGGCUUCGUUUGCACCAUCCAUUGCUAAAACCUCCACCACUGCCACCAAAGAAAAUCUUUGGGGAUCGGUUUGAUGCUGAUUUUAUAGCGUUUAGAAUGAAGGAUCUGGAGAACUUCCUCAUCAAGUUACUGGAGGUCAAGCUGUUCGUGUCAGAUGCCUUAUUACACCUGUUUAUACAGUCAGACCUUACCUGUAAGGAUAUUGAUGAUGUCAUGGAUGGGAAAAUGGGAGCUGAUGUUAUAGAGCACAUAUGGCAAAGUGGCGGGAUCAAAGAAAACUGCAGAGAUUUCAACAAGAAUGCUGUGAUAACAACAAAGUCUGAUGUCAGCCCACUUGAUGAACCGAAUGAGGAUGCGAGUAGCGUUAUAAGUGACAGCAGUGUGGACUACUUAACUGAGAGCACAAGCUCGUCAGUGACAGAGGAGGAGUUCAGUGCAUUUCCACCUCUGUCAGAGGUGAUAGACAACAGUGGCAGUGAGCUGUCUCCCACAGGUCAUGUGACGCCAACAGCAACCAAUGGAGGGACAGCUGCAUCACAAAUAAACAGGAAAGACGCCAAAAACAAUAUAGAAACUGGCAUAUUUGUAGAUAAGUUUAAGUAUUUAAAACAAAAUGGUGAAAACAGGAGAGAGGAAGACUUGGAAUCUGAUUCUGACAUAGAGGUGUUAAGUAAUGUCGUGGCGAGUACCAGAGAGAAUGAACUUACAUGUACACAGACCUCACAGUGUAUGACAGAAACAGUUAGUCCAACUCAGCAUUCGGGUCCCCAACAAACUCAUGUCACUUGCAGAAUGAGUUAUAGCAUUAAUGGUGAUAUCUGCUGACGUAAGGCACACAUAAAGGACAAGUUAAUGAGAUUAGUUCCUAUGAUGGUUUGUGACUUUUCAGGACUCCAGGAUCUAUAGUUCUGAGGUUCUAAGAUUUUAAAAGCUUGGUUAUUUCAUGGUUACCAUGUGAAUAAGAAAAGUACAUUUUAUCUUAAGUAACAAUGGAUUUUAUUUCACUUAUACUUACCAUUAUUUUAGUAUGCAUAUCUUUCCACUCCUCCUUUUAGUUAUUGUCAUGAUAUAAAAGGAAGAAAUCCCCAAACUUCCCCUGAGAGGUCCUUCUAUAUAGCUACUCUGCUUGCAUAUGCAAGCAUGACAUAAUAAUAAAAAAAAACAAAAAAAAACAACAACAUUUUAUAUAGCGCCCUAUGGCUAUCU